AUCCAAGGGGUGAGUUCUCAACCUCCUCCGUCGUGGCAGCCAGCCGACGCAACCAAGAAAGAACGAGAGAAAAAUCCCCGCGCAUUUUAGCAGGGCUCUGCCUUCCGCUUCCAAUUCUCUCUCCUCUUUCGCCUCUUUGUCCGCCUCUCCGACGAACUCCCCAGACCCAAACCUAAUCCCAGAUACCCGACCGAGGGAAGGAAGGAAGGCGAUGUCCAAACCCUGGGGAGGAAUCGGCGCCUGGGCCCUCGAGGCCGAGCGCGCCGAGGCUGAGGAGCGCGAGCAGGCGGAUGCCGAGGCCGCCGCCCGCCCCCCAGCCCUCGCCGCAGGCGAGCCCUCCGAGAGCUUCCCCAGCCUUAAGGAGGCCGCUGCGACGAAGCCCAAGAAGAAGAAGGCCGUCCCACUCUCCCUCUCUGAGCUCAACACCGGCGCCUACGUCGGCCCUGGUGGCGGCCGCCGCCACCCACCUCCCUUGAGCCCCCGUGGCCUCACCCACGACGAGAUGCUUCGUCUCCCGACCGGCCCCCGUGAGCGCUCCGCCGAGGAGCUCGAGCAGUCCCGCCUCGGUGGCGGCUUCCGCUCCUACGGCUACGGCGCCUCCGGCGGCGUCAGCGGGUUCCCUGGCCGGAGGUCCGACGAUGGCAGGAGGUCCUACGGCGGCGGCUUCGAGGAGGAGCAGCGGAGGGGUCCGCCGGCUAGGGUUUCUGAUCUCGACCAGCCGUCGAGGGCCGAUGAGGCGGACAACUGGGCUGCUAACAAAAAGGCGUUCACCCCAGCGGCUUCGAUGGAUACGGGGCGGCAAGAUCGGUAUAACUCGCUUGGCAGUGGCAGCUCGUCGAGGGCUGAUGAGGUCGAUAAUUGGUCUCGAGGAAAGCAGUCGCUCCCGUCCAGGUACCCCAGCUUCGGAUCGGGGUUCAGGGAUUCUUCUGGCCCUUCAGAUUCCGAUCGCUGGGUCAGGGGAGGUGCUGGAGUACCGCUGCCGCACGAUGGGGAGCGCGAAAGGCCGAGACUUGUUCUGGAUCCGCCGAAGGGAGAGGUAGUGGCGUCGGCAGAAACUGCAAGGAGUCGGCCUAGUCCGUUUGGCGCUGCGAGGCCGAGGGAGGAGGUUUUGGCAGAGAAGGGAUUGGAUUGGAGAAAGGUUGACUCUGAGAUGGCGCUCAAGAAGACGAGCAGGCCCACUAGCUCUCACUCCAGCAGGCCUUCGAGCGCGCAUUCAAGUAGGCCUGGAAGCCCGGGAUCACAGGCAGCAGCAGGAGCAGGAGGAGCUGAAGGAGCUCCAAAGGCACGGCAGAAGAUGAAUCCUUUUGGUGAUGCCAGGCCACGAGAAGCUCUGUUAGAGGAGCAGGGGAAGGAUUGGAGGAAGAUAGACCUGGAGCUGGAGCAUCGCAGGGUUGACAGACCGGAGACCGCUGAAGAAAAACUGCUGAAAGAAGAGAUCAAUCAUCUGAAGAAGGAACUGAAAGAAACUGAAGGAAAUUUGGGUGACAAGUCUGUGCAAGCUUCUGCUGAAGAAAUAACCAAUCUACAUGAUCAGAUAUUUAAGAGAGAGAAAGACUUGGAGCUACUUGCACGUGAAUUGGAUGACAAGGUUCGGUUUGGGCAGAGAGCUGCAGGUGAUAUUAGGCCUUCUUCUGGAGCAGGCAGGAUCGCUAUGUUCUCAGAUAGGCAACCUUCACAUACUGGAAUGUCAGAGGACUCGAGGAGUACAGAGUUCACGGAGAGACCACGGUCGCGUGGUGGAACAGGAGACAUAUGGGUCAGGCCGAUGGAUGAUAAACGGGGAUCUCAAGGAAUUAGAGAGAGGGGCUUUUUUUGGCAGCAGAGAUAUGGGCAGGUCAAAGUCAAGGGAGAGAUGGUGAAAAGCUGUUGCUUUGAAUCCUUUUUGUUUUCAUUUUUUUUUUCUUGACACAAAAAACAACAUAAGCUGUUUUUUUUUUAUUUUCCUUUUGAUCUUUCUUUCCUUUUUGUUUCGCUGAGUAAAGUGGCGAGAAAUCAUGUGCAACUGAGCUAACUUCUUGUCACGUAAUUUAUUGCUACCUUGGUGUGGUGUAUUUGAAUUUUGUUUUCCAUGUCAAGGCAAGCGGCAGCAGCCUGUGACUCUUACAAGCGUAAGUGUAUUUUGUCUACCUCUAUGAUCUAGUUUUAUUGUGGUCUCUCUGUAAGCCAUCCUAUUGUUGAGGACGUGGUGUGUUGCUUUUAGAAGUCAGAACAUUAUAUCUGUCGAUGUUGUUCAUCAUCGAAUAAGCAUGGGCAUAUCAGCUAUGAAGUAGAAAAUAAUUUGAAUAUUCUCUCUUU